AUGAUAUUAUAUGGUUAUAUCACUAGUUCAAAAAUAUUUUUAACUGCAAGUGCGACUAUGUUCUUUGUGGAUAUUAUUUGUAUUGGAGUGGGUUGCACAGCGUUUGACUACACGAGUUAUUGGAUGUACGCAAUUGUGGUGGUUCCUGGUCUAGCCAUAUACUAUCCAAUAUAUUUAGGUUUACCCAGAUUGCUUAGCGAAUUCUUUUUUCCUAUAGAUGAAAGAUUGGAUCCUAAUGAUUUCACGUGGACGACUAUACUCAUCGUGAUUUUACUGCCGGCCACUGUCGCUGAGUUACAUAUUUUACUCGAUGAGGAUGCAAUUGAAUUAGCUGAGGACGACUAUAUGUUCGGAGGAUACCUACUAUUGAUAUGCCUUAUUGACUUUCCUAUAAGAUUUUUGCGGAAGAAGGGCUUUCUAGGUGAAAAAGAAGAACGAGAUGAUGAAGAGUAG